AUGGCUGCUAUUGCUGUUCUCUUCUUUCUUCUCCCAGUCUCAUGGGCCUGUGCUCCUCAAAAAGCUGAUUAUGUUAUGGUUUCCUGUUUUCCAAACGCCAUCAUUGCAAAUGUUCCUGAGUGCCCUUACGGGUGGGAGAUAGGGCAGUUGUCUCUGGGUGGUGUGUGCUAUACAGGGAUUAACACUCCUGGCUUCUACCGCUUUACAAUCCCCGACCUUACGCCCAAGAACCACUCAUAUUGUGGGACACUGUCCGAGUAUGUUGGAGGCAAAGACCCAAAGUACAUCUUCUACAACUCUAUAGUCUCCAAUGACUCCUCGCUCACAGUGCGCAACCAACCAGUGAACUAUACCUUCAGCUGCACAUACAAGGCGGCUUACUUGGUCAACAAUGCAGUCUUCAGCCAAAGAGUGGCAACAGUUUAUGUCAACAACGGGAGUUUAGGUUCUUUUAAGUCUCAGUUGUCUAUGAACGUGUUCACAAACUCAAAGUUCCUGUAUGCUAAAGAUGCUCCAUAUAUCAUUGACACAUCAGAAAUUGGCUCAGAGGUUUUUAUUGGCAUUGAGGCAAAAGGACUGAGUAACAGGUUUAAGGUGGUUAUAACAAACUGCUGGGCAACACCCACUCCGUAUUCAACAGACAAGAAGAGAUGGAGUUUAAUUGUCAAUAGCUGCUCAUCAGAUAAUACAGUGACCAUAUUUGAGAAUGCCAAAGAGAGUCGCUCCAUGUUCAAGUUCAAUUCGUUUCGCUUUCAACGAUUAGAGAAGGUGUCCACAGUCUGGCUUCACUGUGAGGUUCAAGUGUGUGAUGGUGAAAAGCUCUUCUGUCAGCCGACUCCCUGUAUUUCGCGGACUAAAAAAUUGGAACCAGAUCCAAGUGGAGGCAUUUUGACGAUGGAGUUUCAAAUCAGAGCUCAACACUCUUCCAGUUAUACACCUCUUGCAGGCACAUUUUUAUGCAUGCUGUGUAUUUUUUUGCUGAAUGCAGUUUUAGGUUACGCCAGUUUGUAAAAGAAGGUUAGUGUGGGUGGGUAUAAUACAUGUAAAAAAUUAAAAACCACACACACACACACACACACACACACACACACACACACACACACACACACACACACACACACACACAGAACAGCCAUACAAGGGUCUCAGGGAGUGUAACACACAUUCCUCCUAGACAUGUGCUUACAUCUUGAAAUAUUUCUCUUUUAUUUAGCACCCUUGUACACCCGUACUAGAGCAAUGAAAGUAGUUACACAGAUAAAGACAGUAGCACUGGAAGCAUGGACUGUAGGAAAAAUACAUCCUGCUUUGUUUUUGUUGGAAAUAAUGUGUAAAGAUAUUUGUGACUUCAGUAAACAUUACAUACAACUGUGUUUCAUGUCUAUUUAUUUACCAAAAUUUUCUGUAA